AUGAACCUUCGCCUUUGCCCUGCCACCAAGCUCCGGGAUCUAUCGCCUGGCAAGCGCGGAAACCUGUCAGAGGACUUGGAACACUUUGCAGAACUCCACCAGUUGCGUGCAGAGUUGCAUUGCCCAGAAGCCACCACGGCCUCGGCCAGGCUGACUCUGUGUGGGGCACCAGAAGAUGUGGCAGUGGCCCAAGAGGAGGCACAAAAGAUCAUGAGGCGUGACGAUUCCGAUUCCAUUCCUUCCGGUGCUGAGCUGUCGAAGGUGGAGGGUUUGGUGCUGCACUCCUUGCCUGCUCGCCAUCGCCGUCGCCGCAAAGCGCCUGAUGCAGCCGAGGGAGAGAAGGUUGUGGUCACAGAAGUCGUAGACGAGACUCACAUUGAGCAACCUGUGAUGGCAGUAGCCAUCCCUUCGACGGAAGAGCUUCGCCUCUAUGAGUACUUGGAUCACACCGCAGAUGUGAUCCUACACUCUUGGGGCAAAACGUUGUCACAAGCCUUUGAGCAGUGCUGCGUAUGUUUUUUCUCGUAUUUGACAGACCUGGACACAGUGAGCAUGGUCACAUCAGUCGACAUUCAGGCAACUGGACAUGACCUAACCGACCUUCUUUAUCAUCUCCUUGACGAGUUUCUCUUCAACUUCAGCACCGAGUUUAUAAUCUGUCGGCGUGUGGAGGUCGAUUUGGACGAAGCAAACCUUCGAGCAACUGCACGAGGUUAUGGUGAGAAAUUUGAUCUUCAAAAGCAUCCACAAGGUACAGAGAUCAAGGCGAUCACCAUGCACCAAAUGAAGAUUUUAACUCCUACCACGGUGGCUAGUGAGCAGGGCAUUCAAAAACGAGCACUUGGGCUGCAUGGAGAGGAAGAGAACAAGAAGAAGCUCAUCCUGAGAUUGUGGAUCACCCCUUUGAGUGCUACGUUUUGGUGGACAUUUGACCGGCUUUUGACACGGAACUUUUGGGACGACAGAUGGUGCGCUUUGGCACGACAGAUGGCGCUCGAAGUCUGCGACAAGCUCACAGAGGCGGCUCGGUGGACCAAGCUCACAGAGGCUGCGAAGCGAAGAUGUGUGAUCGCUUUGGCGCUCCGCUCCCAUGGCAUGCGGCAUGUGCCUUUGCAGCUCGGUGCAUUGCCACCACCUGUGGUCAUCAGCCCACCCCCGCAGCCGGAAGUUACCGUGGGACAGACUCCGAAGGUUCCGAGGACAACCAGUCCUACACCGAGCCUCAGAAGCCCUCGAAGCCCUCGAAGCACAGAGGAGCCAAAAGAACCUGAGCCUGCAACCAGCAGCAAGGUGGGGCCAUCAGAGGCGCACAGCGGCGGCGAUGCCACCCAAGAAGGGGAGAGUGCAUCUUCCUUCUGGCAGAAGGCAGUUCGUCAGAUGUACGAGGUCUAUCUCAAAGGAAGAUGGCAGGAAGUUGUUGAAGCGCUAUUGCCUUUGCAAGCAUCUCACUGGCGGCAGCUGCUGGAUUUCGGUGCAGGCUUUCGAAGCUUUGUCCUGGCAUCGAACCCCGUGCCACCGCCCUUGCCGUGCACGCUUUUGAUCUUCCUUGUGCAAGUGUUCUUUGUGCGCUCGAAGCCUGCCUGUCCAACGGCGGUGGAGGGUAUGCCUUUGGCGUAUGUGCAUUUCUCUUUGCUGAUGCGGCACUUGCUCCAGCGCACGCAGCCCGGUGAAGGGCGGUCUGCGGGGCCGCCGCUGGCAGUGAAGUUUCUGGUCCGGCUUGCAGGUGCCCGAUCUGUGGCGACCUUGCUGCAAAACUGUCAAGGAGAUGGCCAGGCUUGGGUGGCAAACUUCAAUGCUGCUUGGGAUGCGUGUGGUGAAGAUGUGCUUGCAGAUUGUAUGGUGCUCCUGGGAGAAUUGUACCCUGGAGAGCGGGAGGUUGAUGGAGUGGAUGAAGCAACCAAAGCGUCGGAGAGGAUGACCCUUGCUAGUUUGCUCAUUGGUGCGGCACUGCAAUGCAGCCUUCAAAACUUGCAAAGUUCGCCUCGCGAACAGAAGCAGAAGAGUGCGAACACAUGCAGGCCGGACGCGCGUGCUCUUUAUCUUCGGCCUGAAGAUGGUGCUUGGUCGUGCAUCCCCCGAGAGGACCACAAAGGGCUGUUUGCCAAAGCGUUGCACUGCUCCUGUUCAGUGCGGCCACCUGGCGGAUCCACUGUUGAUCGCUUUCUGCUUUCGAUGCUCGACAUCCUGAUUGAGUCAAAGCCCUCUAGGCCCAAGGAUGCGGUGGUGAAUCCAGAUCACUCGGAUAGCUUGGAGAUUCGUACUUUUGCUCGGCUUCUUCGAGUGCUUCUGCAGGCCUAUUUCAUUGAUCCGGCUCUUUUGGCAGCAGCUGAGAGCGACGCUGAAGGAGCUCGAUUGGCUGGAGCUUUUGCUGGCCCGUCUGACCCCUCCGAGCUGGUGCCAGUGCUCCAGUCCGGUCCAUUGCGGAGGAGCUUGGCCUUCAUGGAGCAGUCGCCGCUACUGCAAGUGGUCCAGCGCCGCCUUUGCGGCGCUCCCUUCGACGACGUCUUGGGUUCCACGGAGCAGCUGCAGCGCUUCGCUCUGCGAGAGUUGCGCGUCGCCUGGUUCGACCUACGCAGGUCCACUUGCACGCUGAAGCGGGGCACGCCACCUGGCACGCUGUUGUUGUUGAUGAAGCCCUUGAAGUUGCAGCUCUCAUGCGCGUGCGAAGCAGACUUGGCAAGCUUCCCUUACAUGAGCCUGGCUGCUGCCGCCCAGGUCACGGUCCGUGAGCUGAAAAUGUCCACUGCAUUUGUCUUGGGGCAUGCUGGUCUUAAACUGGAUGGCCUUGGCGUUAGUGUGCCCGAACUGGAGAUCAAAUUGAGUGACGCGACAUUGCUCUCAAGGAUUGCAGUGUCUGCCAUCCUCUCCAUCUUCCAGAGCACCCUCCAGGAGCACCUGCAAUUGCAGCUGAAGCGCAUUCUCACCAAACUUCUCGAGCGUGAGUUUGCCAGGUGGAACGCAAAUACAUGGUCCUUUUUGCAAAGUGUGGUGCCUGAAGACAUGCUUUUGGGAGCGAUGCAGUGGCUGGAUGAGAAGAUUCCACGUGAGGGCUUGCCUGUGUGAGAAAAAGGGGCCGCCACACGAGAGAAAGGUGUUUGCCAAACCCUUUAUAUAUGGACUAGGAGCACAGGGCAUCGCUACUAGGAGCAAGGACGCUACUAGGGGCUCCUGGCCGUACUACUAGGAGCAAGUAGCUACUAGUAACA